AGUGGUGUUUGCUUUAAGAACUUAAAAAGCCAAGCAAUAGCUAAUAUUGUUGAAAAUGGAUGAUACCGAUGGAGAUUUUCCUCUACCUGGAAUAGAGAGCAGUUAUGCUUAUGAAGAUGAAGAUGAAGACAACGAAUACGAUUCAUUUUCAGACAUCGAUCCUUAUUACAGCGAUAAUUCCAACGAUGAAAAGAGUGACACAUCUAUCAUCUAUACAAGAGAAUUACAGAAUUCCGCAAUAACAGAAAUACCUACUAUUAUUCCUGCUAAUCCUGACGGAACUUUAAUACUUCUGGAAGGAAACAAUAUGAGACACUGUGUUGAAUUGGAGCUAUAUUACAAAGAGUAUAUGCGGAGGGAGACAAUAGAACCUUACCAACUACACCAUUUAGUGGUCAGGUUACUUUGGAUACCUGUCAUAGAAGGAAUGUCAACCACUGACGACUAUAGGCGACUAAUUAAAUUAAUAGAAAAUAUCAAAGCAUCAGCUGAUGAGUUAUUGGAAACAAAUACAUUAGAUAACUGCGAAAAGGCUCUCCAUGUGUAUCUUGACUUAAACAUAUCUAUUAUCACUAUGAGGAAGAAUCUGAGUGACCCUGGCAGUAUCGUCGAAUAUAUUAAUAGCAUCUCGAUGCAGAUAGCAAGAUGUUUUAUGUUUAUGAGUUUUUUAGAAAUCGUAAAUAAUUAG